ACAGGUUUAAAUUCUAGACUUAGGUGUUGUCCUCCUUGCCGUUGGCAUUUGGGGCAAGGUGAGCCUGGAGGAUUAUUUUUUCCUUUUAAAUGAGAAGGUCACCAAUGUCCCUUUUGUGCUCAUUGGCACGGGCACUAUCAUUUUUCUUUUGGGCACCUUUGGUUGUUUUGCUACCUGCCGAGCUUCUGCAUGGAUGCUAAAACUGUAUGCAGUGUUUCUGACUCUCAUUUUUUUGGUCCAGCUGGUCUCUGCAAUUUUAGGAUUUGUUUUCAUAAAUGAGACUAAGGACAGCUUUAAGAAUAAUUAUGAGAAUGCUUUGAAGCAAUAUAACUCUAUGGGAGAUUAUAGAAGCAAUGCAGUAGACAAGAUCCAAAAUACGUUGCACUGUUGUGGUAUCACCGAUUAUAGAGAUUGGACAGAUACUGAUUAUUACUCAGAAAACGGAUUUCCCGAGAGUUGCUGUAAACUUCAAGAUUGUUCUCCACAGAGAGAUGCAGAUAAAGUAAACGAUGAAGGUUGUGUUGAAAAGGUGAUGACCGUUAUAGAGUCAAAAGUAGGAAUUGUUGCAGGAAUUUCCUUCGUAAUUGCUUUCUGCCAGCUGUUUGGAAUCUAUGAAGCCUACUGCCUCUCUCUCGCCAUAACUAAUAACCCGUAUGACAUAGUGUAACCAGCGUAUCUGAAGGUUUGCUCCUCUCCAGUUUUAAGGACACUUAGGUUCCCCCCAUGAACUACAAGAUUGCCUGGAUGGAAGACUGACACACUACUUACCAAUAGGCUGAAAAACUACACCAAUAGCUUGAUUCAGUUGAGAUACUUGUUCAGUAUGUUCUAAGUCCACCUUCUGUCUCAUUCAACUUAGAUCGUUGAGUCCCCGUAUCACUCUGAAACACUGGAAGACCUAGUAAAUUGUAAAUGAAGUAA